GUAUUCGCCGUCGGCUUCCGGGCGGUUCGUGUUGUGCCGGCGCGGCUAGCCUGGAGUUCACGGCCCUGCCGCCCUCUGUGUGCGCCCAGCUCAGCCGCCGCCAUGGGGAUCCUUGAGAAGAUCUCCGAGAUCGAGAAGGAGAUCGCUCGCACGCAGAAGAACAAGGCGCCACGGAUAUCACCUGGCCUGCUGAAAGCUAAACUUGCAAAAUAUCGAGCUCAGCUCUUGGAACCAUCCAAAUCAGCCUCGUCCAAAGGAGAGGGUUUCGAUGUCAUGAAAUGGGAUGCUCGAGUGGCACUGAUUGGAUUUCCCUCUGUGGGUAAGUCCACCUUCCUGAGUCUCAUGACCUCCACAGCCAGUGAAGCUGCAUCCUACGAGUUCACCACCCUGACAUGUAUCCCCGGGGUCAUUGAGUAUAAAGGUGCCAACAUCCAGCUUCUGGACCUUCCUGGAAUCAUUGAAGGAGCAGCACAAGGCAAAGGCCGUGGCCGGCAGGUGAUUGCUGUGGCGCGCACAGCUGAUGUUGUCAUUAUGAUGCUGGAUGCCACCAAGGGAGAGGUGCAGAGGUCUCUGUUGGAGAAGGAGCUGGAGUCAGUUGGCAUUCGCCUCAACAAGCACAAACCCAACAUCUACUUUAAGCCCAAGAAAGGAGGUGGCAUCUCCUUUAACUCCACCGUCACACUGACUCAGUGCUCAGAAAAGCUGGUGCAGCUGAUCUUGCAUGAGUAUAAGAUCUUCAAUGCAGAAGUGCUCUUCCGAGAAGAUUGCUCCCCAGAUGAGUUCAUCGAUGUUAUCGUGGGCAACCGGGUGUACAUGCCCUGCUUGUAUGUUUACAACAAAAUUGACCAAAUUUCCAUGGAAGAAGUGGACCGCCUGGCUCGUAAACCCAACAGUGUUGUCAUCAGCUGUGGCAUGAAGCUGAACCUGGACUACUUGCUUGAAAUGCUUUGGGAGUAUUUGGCCCUGACCUGCAUCUAUACCAAGAAGAGAGGACAGAGGCCAGACUUCACAGAUGCCAUCAUCCUCCGGAAAGGGGCCUCUGUGGAGCAUGUGUGCCAUCGCAUCCACCGUUCCCUCGCCAGCCAGUUCAAGUAUGCCUUGGUGUGGGGCACUAGCACCAAGUACAGUCCACAGCGGGUGGGUCUGACUCACACUAUGGAGCAUGAGGACGUCAUCCAGAUUGUCAAGAAGUAGUCUCUUCUGUUAAACUCCCCCAUCUGUCUUCUUUCUGUGUGGAGUUGAACACAGUAGGAGCUACCCAAGCCCAAACAAGAAAAAUACAAGCCCGCUUCAUGAAAGGGCCCUCAAAAAUAUCUCCUGUUUGCAGAAGUUUCUUCAGUGGGUCUAUGAAGAGUGUGUUGGGGCAGAGGGACGAAAUGGGGAGGCUGGGGCAGCAUUUCCACAGAGGAAUUAGAUGGGGGUUCUGAGUUUGGUGCUCUCAACCUGCAUCUCGCUGAAGAAGUAAUCUGUGCCACUACACCCCGCCUCCCAGAACCUCCUUCGAAGGCAUGGCUGAGCUGGGGUGCACAUUGGCUUACCUGACUCCCAGGAGGUAGCCGAUAUUUCUGUGGGGGCAUCUUAGUUCCCCAGGUUCGCCAGCUUCUCUGGCACUCAAAAAGUGACUCCCAGGAUGAAAGGCCAUUCCAAUACAAGCUGAGGACUGGCCUGGUGGAAAUCAGAGGUCAGCAGCUUUCGACUCAGCUCAGACCCUGUGCAGAUAUUUUAAUGGAGGACUUUGAAGCUUGUGUUCUGUGGUUUUGUUUUUGUUGUUGUUUUGGCUUUUGGAGCACACCUGUGGUGCUCAGGGGUUACUCCUGGCUCUGUGUUCAGAAAUCACUCCUGGCAGGCUCGAGGGACUAUAAGGGAUGCCAAAGAUCAAACCCAGAUCAGCCACAUGCAAGGCAAAUACCCUAUCUACUAUGCUGUUGCUCCCAGCCCUGGCUCUCUGUUUUUUUUUUUUUUUUCUCUAAGCCUCCAUUCUCUCAGUUCUUUCUCAAAUAAAGGUAAAAUAAUUCCUGUUCAGGCUAAGGAGAA